UCCGUUUUUAUUUUCCCUGCGUUACUGCUUCGUUCAUUUGAAAGGCGGGAGAGAAACAAAAAACAAAAGAAAAAACUGUUGCUUUAUUUUGCAUUAGUUGAUCCAAUGCCAUAAUCUUUCAAGAAUUAAAUUUUCUCGUUUGAUCUCUGUUUCUAAUAGUUUUAGCAGGUCUCAGAUAUUUUGUUAACAAGGAAGAAUGGGGUAUAUGGGGGCACAUGGCAUGGCAGCUUUGCAUAGAUACAAAUACAGUGGCGUGGAUCACUCUUACCUUGCUAAAUAUGUAUUGCAACCCUUUUGGAACCGCUUUGUUACCUUCUUCCCUCUUUGGAUGCCACCAAACAUGAUAACACUUACAGGAUUUAUGUUCUUGGUUAUAUCUGCACUACUUGGAUUUGUUUACUCCCCUCGCUUGGAUACACCCCCACCGAGAUGGGUUCAUCUUGCACACGGGUUGCUUCUAUUUUUAUAUCAGACUUUUGAUGCUGUUGAUGGGAAACAAGCUAGACGAACAAACUCCUCGAGUCCGCUUGGAGAACUUUUUGACCAUGGGUGUGAUGCACUAGCAUGUGCGUUUGAAACCAUGGCCUUUGGGAGCACUGCCAUGUGUGGAGCGGGCAGUUUCUGGUUCUGGGCAAUUUCAGCUAUACCGUUUUAUGGUGCUACAUGGGAACACUAUUUCUCCAAUUCGCUUAUCCUUCCUGUUGUCAACGGGCCGACUGAGGGUCUUGCACUGAUAUAUUCAUUGCACUUUAUGACAGCAAUCGUUGGUGCCCAGUGGUGGGAUCAGCCAUUUAGGCAGUCCCUGCCCUUCUUGAGUUGGAUACCUUUCGUUACCGAACUUCCAACGUACAAAGGGGCCGUAUAUUUGUUGUUACCAUUUGCUGUUUUACCUACAGUGGCUUGCAAUAUAUGCAACGUCCAUAAGGUCGUGAAGGCAAGAAAAGGAAGCAUGUUAUCAGCUUUAGCAAUGCUUUAUCCUUUUGUUGUACUCGUGGCUGGAGUGCUCAUUUGGGAUCAUCUAUCGCCCUCCGAUGUAAUGAGAAAUUAUCCGCAUUUAGUUAUACUGGGUACUGGACUUGCAUUCGGGUUCCUUGUGGGACGGAUGAUUUUGGCUCACCUAUGCGAUGAACCCAAGGGAUUAAAAACUAACAUGUGCAUGUCACUCUUGUAUCUUCCAUUGGCGAUCGCAAAUGCUCUUACAGCUAGAUUAAACGACGGUGUCCCGUUGGUCGAUGAGUUCGUUGUUCUUCUCGGUUACUGUUUAUUCACAGGAUCACUCUACUUUCACUUCGCCACAUCGGUUAUUCGCGAAAUUACGACGGCUUUGGGAAUUUACUGCUUCAGGAUUACUCGGAAAGAAGCUUAACCAUUUGCUUAAAAAGAUUCAGUUUUUCUAGUGUCACUCUUGUAAGAUCGCUGU